GUGAACACAUAUCGAAGCAAUGGAAAUUGUGCGUUGCCUAUUGCAGGCUUUAAUUUUGGUUAUAACUUUGGGUCAAGUACUGACGAGGCCAAAAUACUGCAGAGCACCGGAGCUAAUCAAAAUUAUGGAUAGAGAAGCAUUUUGUAAUCUAGAUGGUCAACCGCAUGCGGCAUGUGGCAAGAAAAAAUGGGCUGGCGCUUGUGGCACAAAUAUGCGCAUUAUGCGCAUGACUCCGGUAAUAAGGAAUUUAAUACUACGUCAUCAUAAUACGUAUCGCAAUAUUAUUGCCAAAGGUGCUCUGCACGAUCUGCCAGGCAGUGAUAAUAUGAUGAGAAUGCAUUGGGACGAAGAUCUGGGCGUAAUCGCCAGACAAUUGGUUAAGCAAUGUACGCUUCAGCCAACUUUCAAGUACAUAAAUACCAAGACUAUUGCUCAGCCAGGUAUUAAUACGGCAUUCAAUAAAUAUCGCAAGAAGAUUGAACAGAGUCCCAUCAAAAUAAUCAAAUCGCAAAUCAAGGCGUGGUAUGAUGAAUACAGAUAUGUUACCAUUGAUUCGCUGCUCUCCGCCAAAUCCCCGGCCGGCCAAGAGACUGCACAUUUUCUUAACAUGAUGAUUGGUCCUAGCAAUGCCAUGGGCUGCGCUAUUUCCACCUACGAACCCGAUGAUACUUGGCGCACGCAGCUUUUGAUUUGUUUGUAUCGCUGCAAAAAGACUAAAAAGAGUUUUACCUAUUCGAUUGGCAAGCCACCAGCAGGGAAGUGCGAGUGUGGCUCAGAUCGUGAAUUCAAAAAUCUAUGCGAUUCAAAUGAACGUGCUGAUACUUGUGAAGUUUUUUUUAAGUCGAAAAACGCCACUACGGACUUGGAACUGGAACCCAAACCAACAACUCCGGAGCCAAUAUCGGAUGAGACUAUAACCGAUCUUAAAAGCGGGCUAACGAAAAUUCGCGAUUUUAUAAGAAAACUUGUUCUAAACGGAAAAAAAAGCUUUUGCCGGAUUUGUGGCUAAACUUAUGAAUUAAAGUUUAUAUUUCUAUUCAA